AUGAAGUUCACCAACAAACUCGCCUCCAAAAACAUCCUCAUCAUCGGCGGAACCUCAGGCAUCGGCUUCGCCGUCGCCGAAGCCUCUCUCGAACAAGGUGCAAACGUCACAAUUGCCUCCUCCUCCCCUUCAAAACUCCAAUCCGCAAUCUCCCGUCUACAAACCUCAUACCCAGAAUCCUCCAACAAAAUCAAAGGAACAACCCUCAACCUCUCAUCCGAAGACGUCGAGGACCAAAUCAUCGCAGCAUACGAAUUUGCUACUGAAAAUGGUCAAAAUAAAUUAGAUCAUGUGGUGAACACCGCGGGUGAUUCGUUCAGUCUUCCGAAAUUAUCUGAAGUUACUCCGACUGGCGCUGUGGCUGUCAUGACAGUUCGAUAUGUUGGGAAUUUAUUGCUUGCGAAACAUGUUACGAAGUAUAUCAACAUCUCCCCGGAAUCUUCGUUUACCACCACUAGUGGUGCAAACGCUGCAAAGCCCGGGGAUGGAUGGAGUUCUAUCAUUGGAAUUGCUACGGCGGUUGAAGGGUUAACCAGGGCACUGGCGAAGGAUUUGAAACCUGUGAGGGCCAAUUGCGUCAGUCCCGGUGCUAUUAAAACGGAGCUGUUCGAUAGAUUUGGAGAUGCGGAGGCGGUGCAGAGGAUGGUUGAAGCAUACGCUGGAAAGACAUUGACGGGACGAAUUGGGACACCGGAGGAUGUGGCGGAGAGUUAUUUAUAUGUUAUGAGGUCUGCUUUUGUGACUGGGACGACGCUUCAAAUCGAUGGUGGAUACGUACUUGUCUAG